AUGAACACACUUACAAGAAGGAGAUUACGUAAAUUUGUAAUUUCUGGAGUAGUAUGCCUUAUUUUCUGGACUGUCAGCGUGCUUAUCAAUGAAAAACCAGGCAUCUCACAUCCACAUUCAAAAGCAAUAUCACCAGAUCGACAUGACAACAAAGCUUUGCGAAAGGCAGUCGAAAGUUGCAAUUCUGAUGUUAUGUUUGACAAAGCACCAGCUUCAUGCAACGGGCAACCAUUUCUAUUGAUCUUGGUUAUUUCAUCGCCAAACAACAUCUUUAGGCGAGAUUUAAUUCGGAAGUAUCUGAUGCCGAAAGCCAGCUCAACCUUUUACAAGCAGGGACCUUUGUGGCGCAUUGUCUUUGUGGUGUCCAAGACAAACAAUCACUUCCUUGAAAGAAAAGUUGCCGGAGAAAUAGCAUCGAGAGGUGAUAUUAUUCUUGGAAGAUACAGAGAUACAAGCAAGAACCUGGUGUACAAAACACUAAUUGGUUUGGGAUGGGCACAUUGCCACUGUGUGCCAAGAUAUCUGUUAAAAGCAAAUGACAAUGUUUUUGUCAACGUGCGAGGCCUAGUACACUGGCUCUACAAAAGCAACUCAAGUUAUUUAUCAGACCAUCUGUAUAUGGGUAUCCUAAAGAAAUGGCAUCAGUCCAAACCAAUAAGAGAAGAAAGCAGCAGAUAUUUCGUCUCAAGAGACGAUUACCCUUAUGACAUGUACCCACCACAUGUAGUUGGUGGGGCCUAUUUGCUUUCCAAAGACGUGCUUGAAGCGAUGAUACCUCUUAUUAGACAAAUUCACGCAUUUGGAGCUGAAGAUGCGUACAUAGGAAUGCUGGCUCAACUUAUUGGGAUCCAGGCAAAAGAGACAAAUUUAUUUCACGAACAAUCUAGACCAAAUUCAUGGAGCAUAUGCAGUUACCCUAAAGUUUUAAUCAGCCUUGGUGUAAGUGCAAAUGAUUUGCCCGAAAUAGUGCGAAAUUCACUACGAUCAGUCAUCGAAUGCAUGAAUGACCAAGAGUUAUUUGAUCGGGCUAACAUAAUAAAACUGAUAGACUUCCAGUAACAACGAUCUUUGCCAAAAGUCCUUGGAACACCCUUCGGUCAAUGAAAGAUUUUGAUGAAUUAAAAGUUUCCGACAGUAAGAUACAGCUUUAUCCCCCUCCCCUUGCUCGAGAAGCCUGGUUGCAAAGGGGAAAGAGAUGCUUCUGAACUUAUAUGAAAUUCUAGCGUAGUGUACGAAGUCUUUUGGCAAGCAUUGUAUGUAUAUUUAGUAGCGACAGUUUCCUUGCAAAGGAACCGACCCUUGUUUUAAUGGAACAAAGACAAACGAAACUUCAAGUCUAUGAGCUAUGUGCAAUGGUAAGAUUUGAAGCGCAAGACCACGCAGAUAAAAUCCACUUAGAAUAGUAGCAGUGGCGUAACUUAUCUUAGGGCACCUUAGUUCGAUAACUAAGGGCCCCUGGCCCCCAAAUUAUUUGCAUACCUAUAUUUUUAAGAUUUCUAUCAAGCUCACCUUAUUUUCAAAAACUUCUUCUAGUUAAUGAGCAAAAAUACUAUUUUAACAUCUUGCUAUUGCGUUUCAUACCCUCUACAUCGUUUCAUGGGAUAUUCUUGCAGAACGUUAAUAGGAAACCGGUCUCAGUUUUUCCUUAGGGCCCCAGAGGCCUUCGUGACGUUACUGAAUAGCAGCAGAAUUUAAAACAAAUUUGCAUCUCCCAGUGGUAACGAGAGACUUGCCGCUCAUGCAAGAAGAGAUAAAUGACACUCGAAUCUUGAAAAGGAAGUCACAAAAGCCAAGGAAAACUACUGACAUCCAUCAAGUUACUUUAAACGAUUAAAAGUGCUCCACAACCAACAUCCAUUGCCCCCUUUAAAGUAUUAUUUGAUGUGAUUCAUAUUAGCUUAAAGUUCAAAGCUCGAAAAAGCAGCAGCAAUAUGCUUUCCAAUUUAAAGUUUACUCGGGAAUGCUAUCAAACAAUUGUUUUGAAGGGCAGGCAGAUGUAAACGGUACGAGUGAGCUUAACUCUGUUAUUACAGUCAAAGGGUAUAAGAAAUGACCUACUGCAUAUGCUCUUUGACUGUAAGGAAAGAGAUUUUCAUUCAUCAUAGUAUUUUCACGGGUUUUCCUCCCCAACAUAUAUGGAUAAACAGUUUGGCCCUGAAGUCUAUUAACAUUGUAGGAACAAACAUAUUAUUGCCUUAUGUCUAAGAGAAACGACAGAACCAAAGCAAAGAUAGAAAUCAAGUCUGAAAGCUACAAAUUAAGAAUGUUGUAAAAGAUCUAAUUAACAACGUAAAACUGAAAUCGAAUGUUUCUACAUUUCACUUUAAAAUACUUUUAUUUCAAAUAUAGUUGUGAUAGUUAUGUUAUGAUUCAAUGAAAAUUAAUUUUUACCAGUCUGUCAUAAUCAAACAGUUGAUGUUAUGAUUCAGAUAUACUACAUUAAGGCAUAUCGUGAGUCUUUUAAUUUAUAUCAUCUUCAUGAAACUUGGUUUAAUAACAUAACAGCAGCGGCGUCCAGACGUCCUCUAGACGUAAGCGUGCAAGAUAUUGUAAAUUGUAGAUUUAAGUAUACUAGACCAUUAUAGGAAUAUAAGGGAAGGUCUUGAACAUUUUAUGGGUGAAUCUUUUUAUUGUUACUAUUUUAUCUUAAUACAUAUUUAAGAAUUAAAGGCCAAAAAAACAUAACAUAUAAAAUAAUGCAUCAUUUCAUGGGCACACCUUUUCAUGGUUACUAUUUGAUUUAAAAAUAUAUAUAUUUAAGAAUUAAUGGCCAAACAACUUAAUAUGUGAAUAGAAUAAGUUUACAACAUUAACAAAAAACAAAGAUGAUGUGGGGAAUCUUCGAAAUAAUUGUAGAUUCUGAGACAAUGGCGACAAUGGCAGUAGAUAAUGGCAAUCUGAGACAGCUACCAUAUUUGAACUAUUAAACAGCUUUUUUUAAAUAAACGCCCCUUUCCAAGAUCGACUUCCGUAAACCAAAAUUGCAACAAAUGGAAAACUAGUGUCUUUAAGUCGUCAUAAGAUAAUUUCGAUGUUCGAUGUUGCGCAUUGUCAUUGUCGACAAAUGAUACAGAUGAUAAAGAAAUGUCAUGCAGUUUAUGAAAGAUUGAAAACAGACACAUCUUGUAAUGACAACGAGAAAGAGGAUCAAUUUAAAAAAUCAGCCUACAUCGUGGAGGAAAAUUUAUCAACUGAAAUGGAUCCAGCCAAAGAGGAGGGUGAUUUUUUAACAAUUAAAUAGAUUUAGUAUAUUUCAGAUUCAGCAUGGAUUUGAAAAAUGAUUUUAUGUUUGCAAAAAAUUCUUCAAUCAACGCCCCUUUUGAAUGAGCGCCUAACUCUUACAGGCACCCUCCUGAAAGCCAAAAUCUUAUAAACGCCUCAUGGAGACCUUAAAUAGAUCAAAUAUAGUAUGACAAGGAGUGGGUUCCCUAAUGUAUUGAGAGGGGCAUGUGGUACAGAACGUUUGAAACAAAAAACUAAGUAAGACAUUCCUCUCUUCUGAUUAUUUUAAUCUAGUUUAUUAUAACUAGAUACAUUUUGUGCUUUAUAUUAACCUAUAGAAAAACUAAAAUUUCAUUGUAAACUAUUGUACCAUUAAAAACAUCAAACGCGAUUGAUAUUUUUAACCUACAUAGAAUGUGACAUAAUCACAUUCGAGAAAAUUCCUUUUCUGUUUAAAUACCUUUUGGGAUUGAUAUUACUCUACAGAACUCACGGUUAUCAAUACAACAUUCAACCAUUUUCCAAAAUUCUCAGUACAUCUGAUUGAUUUUCAUACCUACUUGUACUGUGUGACACUCCUCGACUGCAGCAUCUCUGUCAUUUCAGCCCUGUCAAAAUCUCCUUUGUUUCAAUUGCAUGUUUCAAACGCAGGCUUCCACAAUAAAAGAGUGACUUAGAAAUCUAGUACUGGAUACAAAUGCUGACAGGAACCAGCAUUGAGUCAGAAGAAGAUGCUAACAAACAGAGCCUUGUCCUUGGUAAAAACAUGAAAAACUAUCCCAUACCUUCAACUCAAAUUUCGAUAGUAGGAUCU